CAUCUAUAUAUAGUUCAAAAUCUUCAAAUGAAAAUUUCUUUACUUUGAUAAAUGACAUUUGAAAUUAAAUUAUAUAUAACAUAUUCUUUUACCUACCACUAAUGAGAUUUUUUACAUUUAAUUAACACGAGAUAAAAUAAAUUUAUAAAACAUUAUUAAUAAAAUUAUUAGUAAUAAAUAUGUUUAAAUUAUUCCGGUACUUAUUUAUUCGACAUACUACUUUUAACGGAUAAAUUCAUAUUUUGCAACGACACUGCCGGUAACAACUCAAUUGUGAAUAACAGUUAAAUACUAAAUUAAAAUCCCUAUGGGUAUCAUAUACGCUUUUCUAUUGGUCUCUCGAUUCCAUGUAGGUUAAAUAUAUAUUUAUUUAUAUAUUUAUCUAAGAAUAGUUAAUUUAUAUUUAAAAAAAACAUAUAAUAAAUCAAUCGGUAAAAUCGUAUAAAUUUUAUUUUCAUAUUAACCAAUAAAUAAACCUAAUAUUACACGAGAAUGGAUAUUAUACAAGUAGUUUACGAUUCGUACGUAAGAUGGCGUAACGGUAACAUUCAAGGAACAUGAACUCCCUCUACGUUACACUUAUGUCGCGAAGGAAGAAGAAAUUUAUCAUUAUUGAAAACAUAUAAGAUGUCUACUAUUUCUCUCGACAAACUUAUUGAAAAGGCACGUAAACUCGAUGAAGGUAUCAGAGAGUUAGAAGAAGAGUGGCGUUUUCCAGGUGCUUUUGUUGGUGGCCAUGAAAAUGUUACGGAAAAAACGGAGCAUUAUGUAGAAGAAUUGAUGAAAUCUUUACAGAAAACGCAAGAUGAUAUAAAUAAAAUGAUGAAAGAUCUUAAUAUAUCUGAGGAAGAUCCAACAAAUGAUGAGGUGGAUACUUUUCUUCAAGAAGCACGAGAUGUAUAUAACACGAUGAAAACAGAUGUAGAUAAUUUAGAAACCGUAUUUCAAGAAUAUGGAUAUCAUUAUGAUAAAGAUCAAUGCAGCGAAGCUACUGCAACUUUAAAAUUAGAAGAAAUUGAUACGAAGAAUGAUUCUAAUAACUCUAACAAUAAAGAAGAAGAAGAAGAAGAAGAAGUUGUUUUUACUCCUUAUUUAAGUUGGCGUAAGAAGAAACUUACUGAUAAGACAUCCUUGUCGGUGAGUGAAAAUGAAAGCUUGUCGAAAAAAAGUGAACUACUGAAGGUGAUGGCUGAUUUAAAUUUAGAAUCUAAGAAAAAGGAAAGAGCAUACGGUACAAAUGAUAGAUUAUUACUUUCUGCGAAAAAGGAAGAAGAAAAAUCAGGGGAAAGUUUACUAAUGUGUAAACAAGGUUUAACACCGUUAAGAGACAGACCACAGUGUCAAAUUUAUUCUCGACAUUUUUACGAUUUAAUAAAGAAAAAAGCUAAAGAAUAAAUAAACGUAAUAUUUAAUUAAUAUUAACCCUUUUGCACUCGAGGGCUCCGUUACGGAGACAAUAAAAGAAAAAU